GACCACAUGAUUUUACGUUGCGUUUAGUCCACAUGAUGUUACUGCGAUGACAGAUUCUACCCAAAAGGGGCGGUACAUCAGGAUUUCCCCUCAUUUGAUUCGUUAUUCAGCCCUACCAGCUCCGCACGUCCUGCAGAGGUUUUGCGGAACAUCUACUGUACGUAGGUUGCUAGGUGGUCUGCUGUUAAAGAGGUGAAACUCAUUUUAGGUGACAGAGACUCGCAAACACAAUUUUGUCGUAGAAAAAGCGGGUCGUGAUCUAAACGACGAUACGGACAUGGCGUCAAGCAGCCCCUGUGUUGUGAUCAGCGAUGAUGAGCAGGGAUAUGACCUGGACCUCUUCUGCAUCCCAAAGCACUACGCUGAUGACCUGGACCGGGUCUACAUCCCACAUGGACUCAUCCUUGACAGGACAGAGAGGCUAGCCAGGGAGAUUAUGAAGGACAUGGGGGGGCACCAUAUCGUGGCUCUCUGCGUGCUCAAGGGGGGUUACAAGUUCUUUGCAGACCUGUUGGACUACAUCAAGGCCCUAAACCGUAACAGCGACCGCUCCAUUCCUAUGACAGUGGACUUCAUCCGCCUCAAGAGCUACUGUAAUGACCAAUCUACAGGUGAAAUCAAAGUCAUUGGAGGAGAUGACCUGUCUACACUGACAGGGAAGAAUGUCCUGAUUGUGGAGGACAUUAUUGACACAGGAAAGACCAUGAAGACCUUGCUGCAACUUCUCAAACAGUACAACCCAAAAAUGGUAAAGGUUGCAAGUUUGUUGGUGAAGAGGACACCAAGGAGUGUUGGCUACAUACCAGACUUCAUAGGGUUUGAGGUUCCAGACAAAUUUGUGGUGGGAUAUGCGCUAGACUACAACGAGUACUUCAGAGAUUUAAAUCACAUCUGUGUCAUUAGUGAAACGGGGAAGGAAAAAUACAAGGCCUGAAGAGGACAGCCCUUCCUCUAGUUGUCUAUCAUUCUUUUUUAUGUUGCUUUCAUUUUAUAUCCGAUUUAUAUAUAUUUUUGGUCAGGAAAAUCAAAUCAAGGGUGUAGCUCACUUGAAACUCUUGCUCACACACACACACACACGUACAUGUUCUGCUCAGGGUCCCUGAGGAGGUGUAUACACAUACUGACAUUGCCCCUCAGAUUUGCAAAGCCCCUCUCUCAACCUCCACAUGCUGUGCUGCACUCUAGAAACCACACACACACUUUAAAAUGUCAAGAUUGAACAUUUCUGAGGCGUGACAUUGCCUUGGACAUAUUGGUAUGUGUGAGUUCAUGUGCAUGCUGUCAUCGCUUUCAAUAAAUAGAACAUUUGCUUGUCCUGUUAUAAUGAUCAAUACCCAGAGUUUCUUUCUUUGUAGAUUAGUAAUUUAUUGACAAAAAUUCUGCUACGGUAGCAGGAAGUAGAACAAACAUUUUAGUCAUCAUAUUGUCAAAAUUACUUAAGAUUUAAAUUAUUUUCCAGUUCACAAAGCUUGAUUUUAGCUUGACAUUGAUUUGAAAGUUUGUCACUUGAAGACCAAAUUCCUCUACUUAUACAUAAGUUUCAGUGGUAUGUACAAAGGAAGGAGCAGGUAUCCUAAUACAUUACAUAUUCUUUUUUUUUAAAACAUGUUUGCAUAGUUUUCCCCCCAAAAUGAAAGUGUUCCAUCAUUAGUACAGUACUGUAAUAUAAACUGCGAGUGUUGAAUGUGGUUCAAUAUUAUGAUAAUUUAUGCAUAUCUGCUUUUAUAAAUAUGUAUUUUAAGCUUCCAUCUACUGUAUGACAAUGAUUCAUGCAAUCACAAUGUUUUUCUCUUUACCCUCCCAACCAUUAAACUCUGCUCCUUCCCCUCA